AAAAUUUUGGAUUUCGGGGCUUAUUGGUGCAUUCUGAUAUAUGAUAUAUACUUCAAUUUAAACUUUUGGUUUUGACUCUAAAUAGCACACGGCUUCGUGUUCUGCCUAUACGUGACGUCCACUUGAGAAGAAAGUAUUUGUAUUUCUGUAUUUUUUCAAUGAAUUUUCCCGGGGAUUUUCUUGUUACGUAAUUUUGUAGAUUUAGAUUUAAACAGGUUAUACAGACAGCCAGGACAUAAUACAGCAUGCAAGUCUAUGUGAUUAAAAUUUUCUUGAAUUCUACUUACCAUAACGACGUUUCGUGUGGUUAAAGCACAAAGAGAUACUCCGGGUGUCAACAGCAGCAACCUUUGAACGCUUUUCAAAAGCAUGUCGCUAGCUCCAAUAUUUUAGACGAGGAAACUUUUCAAAAUAAUUGAGACGAUUCUUCGUUUUUACUGUGCAAAACUAAUAAAGUAUUGUUAAUUUAAAAUUAUCAUGUAAUUUUGUGUCUUUUUUGAAAAGUAUACACAGACUUGUUACAAGCAAAUGAAAAUACGAAACUGUGAAAAGUCAACUGAGCCAGAAGUUUUCGGAACGUGAAAAUCAGAAAGUUAUUCGAUUUUUAAUUUUUCUUGGAUAAGACGUGAUAUAAACGAGUAAAUAAGGUAUGGAUGACGAAGCGGACACAAUCAAACUCUGGCGUAUUAGGAAAACAAUAAUGCAAUUGUGCCAUGAUCGUGGCUACCUAGUUACCCAAGAUGAGUUGGAUCAGACUUUAGACCAGUUCAAGCAGCAGUUUGGAGACAAGCCAAGUGAAAGACGACCAGCUAGGAGUGAUCUGAUUGUGCUGGUUGCCCACAAUGAUGAUCCUACAGAUCAGAUGUUUGUUUUCUUCCCCGAAGAGCCUAAGGUUGGAAUUAAGGCCAUUAAAACAUACUGUCAGAGAAUGCAGGAGGAAAGCAUCACUAAAGCUAUUAUAAUUGUACAGAAUGGAAUGACACCUUCAGCUAAACAGUCACUGACUGAUAUGGCACCCAAGUACAUUCUAGAACAGUUCCUGGAGGCUGAACUACUCAUUAAUAUUACAGAACAUCAUCUGGUUCCAGAACAUGUAAUCAUGACACCAGAGGAGAAAAAAGAAUUAUUAGAAAGAUAUAAACUAAAAGAAUCACAGCUUCCUAGGAUACAACAAGGGGAUCCUGUUGCAAGAUACUUUGGUUUAAAAAGAGGACAGGUGGUGAGAAUUGUACGUCCAAGUGAAACUGCGGGGAAAUAUGUGACAUAUCGACUGGU